GGUGUAUUCGUGAUUGAACUUUGAAAGUGCGAAGUGUUGAUUGAUAUUCGGAAUUAAGGUGAAUGUUUCAGGUGGAAGUUGAUUGAUGCAUACGGGAGUCCAUGGGAAUUUCACCUAGCUUAGGAAAAGUUGGAGUCGUUUUUGUGUCACAAAUUAUGAACAAGUUUUAUUUAAAGUUUUAUUAAUAAGAAUAAAGAUUUUCCGCUGCAGAAGUAUUUUAAAGUAUAAGCCUUGCGUUAUCACGCGGCGGUAAUACGCCCCAGUCUAUCUCUACGGUAUUUAUACGUAUUUUCUACAUAUUCCGUAGAGGGAGAUUUGGGGGUGUUACACAUUGGCGUUACGUUGAGCUGUGGACGCAACGUCUGGAGUUUGUCGUUGGAGGUGAUCCGAUGCAGGGCGUUAUGGAUCCCACCGAUUCGUACAUGGUGUGGUACAGACGUAUUACACGGCGUUUCAUCAACCCCAGUUACACACCACAAUCCACACAUUACCAUCCAGCAUAUGACGUCAUUAACGGAUAUGCUGCGGAUAUGGUGGCGAUGGUUGAUGCACUGUCAAUCGCCCUCGUUGACGGACCCACCAGACCCCAGGUCGAGCGGGUACGCGAUAUGGGCGUGGCUACCUUACAAAGAUAUGGUCACAGCUAUCUCGUCACCCAGCGGGACGACCAUGAUGGGCACUCAGUCCAUUCACAGUUCGAGCUCGGCCAGAGUAGCUGUGGAGGUGAUCCUAUGUCACCCAGAGACGCAGAGGAUUACAUCAUCCACAGUUCUGCGCCCACCCCUACCCAGGAGGGUCCAUCGUCCAGCCAGCAGACUCCCCACCGCCCCGAGACCCAUUCACCACCAUUACACAUUACAGGCGGCGUCGUGUCAGACGGAGGGCCGACACACAAGAGACAGAACCUUUACCCUGAAUAAAUGAGUCGGGAUAGUAUUAGGUGAUUUAUUUCCUGUAGCCCGAUUUUGUAGAAUGA